AUGGAUGAACAACCAGCCGAUGAUACUAUGAUGGAGGUCAGGGAAGAUCUCAUGCUUUCGCCUGCUGCUGAUAGUAAACCAACUUUCAGAAUAGCCCAUUUUCUCAAACCCAUUUCUGACUCCAUUCAUGAACAACCUUUUCAGCUUAUAAACCCACUUUCAUCACCAUCUUCUGUUUCUGAACCAAUGGAAUAUCCUUUGACAAUCCAUUUUCAUGGAUGGCGUCGUCCACAACCGAAAUGGUCUAGGUGGGUUGACCAACUUAAGCUCAAAUAUGAAUCACUGUGGAAAAAAGUUGGCAUAUUUGAAGCUAUAAUGAGCACAAGGUGCCGCAUAAACAAAAACCAAGACUUGCUUUAUGGGGUUGUUGAGAAAUGGUGUUGUGAGACAAAUACCUUUGUGUUUCCCUUUGGUGAAGCAACUAUCACUUUGGAGGAUAUUAUGGUUUUAGGAGGUUACCCUAUUCUUGGUGAUCCUGUUUUCACCUUACUUGAAGACCAACAAAUGAAAGAGGUUGAAGACAAGCUCAUAAUUGCAAGUCAGCAACUUAAACAACAAGCAGGUAGCCCUCUAGCAUCAAUAUGGAUGGAUAUUUUCAUUGAUAAAGGUAGUGAUAUUGAACAUGAAGCAUUCCUUGCUACUUGGUUGUCCGUUUUUGUUUUUCCUCACAGAGUUUUAGUGAAAAGUUGUUUAUUUCCUAUUGCUGUUCAACUUGCUAGAGGAAAUCCAAUUGCUUUGGCUCCUGCUGUUUUGGCUAGCAUAUAUAAAGAUUUAAGUUUUUUUAAGAAAACAAUUGUUGGUUUGAAAAAAUAUCCUGUUGGUCGUGAAAGCUUUCCCUUGGAGGUUACUUUUAAAUCUCCCUUUUACCUGGUUCAAAUUUGGGUUUGGGAGAGGUUCACAAAUUUACAACCUCAACCACAAACCAUGAUGUUCAACCAUGGAGAGCCUUUAUUGUUUAGGUGGCAUAAGGCUAAGGCUCCCAAAAUUGACAAUGUUAGGUUAGCUAUAGACUCGGCUAUUGAUGAUUUUCUUUGGCGUCCAUAUAUUAAAUAUGCUGAUAAGUGUGGAAUGUUUUAUCCAAAUGAUGAAACUUUGGUACCAUUGAAGAAAGUUUUGGUGGAUAGACAAAUGAUCUCAUUUGUUCUAUGCAUGAGAGUUUCUGAGCUUGUUGGAUUUGACUCUAUAGAGCAGUAUCUUCCACAUAGAGUUGCUAUGCAAUUUGGAAUGGAUCAAGAUGUUCCAAAUGUUACCGCCCGUUAUGCAAAGUGGUGGAAGCAGUCUGUAUUAGGGAACAGCGGUUUUUUUAAGAAAAUUGUGCAGAGGAAGAGAAGUGCAAGUUCAAGGAAACAUAGAACUCAUGUAGGAAAAGCCAACAGAAGAGGUAAUGAUAUUGGUGUUCCACCUGGUUUUCCUCCCAAUCUUAUUGACACUCUUAUUUUUGGAAAGUUUUGUUAUGAUGGUUCAAAAAAUAAAACUAGGAAGGUUGAUGAUUUGUAUGCUGAUGUUCCAUAUGAAAAUUCUGUUCAUAAUCAUUUGAUAGCUGAUAAGAAUAUUGAUGCUGAUGUUUCUUAUGAGAAGCAAGUUGAUAUUCAAAGCAAAAGCUUUUCUGUCAGAAAAAAAUUAUCUUCUUCUCAUGAUAUGGCUGCUAAAGAAACCGUCCGUGAAAAAGUGAGAGAUGAUGAAAUCAUGGUUUUGUUAAAAGAGCAAAACUUGAAGAAUCAAGAGGAACUCGCACGUCUGGCAAGGCGACAGGAAGAGAUGUUACGGUUAAUGGCUUUGAAGGAGAAGAGAGAUGAAGAGUUAAGACAACUACUCACUAGUUUUCUAAGGAAUCAACAACCACCACCACAGUCAUCUUCUUAA